UCCGCAUCGCAGCCGGGGACCGGACGGCCGCUGAAGAGCUUGGCCGGUGGCUGACCGGGUCGGAACCGAGGGUCGCGGCCAGAGUUGGACCCUGGGCACGAGGCUGCGCCAAAGCGGCGCGCGCGGGCUCCCUGAGCGAUGGACGGGCCCGAGGGCCCCGCCGCGCAGCCUGGCCCGGCCGAGCGCUCCCGCCGGAGCAGCGUGUCGUCUGUGGGCGCCCGAGCGGCAGAUGUGCUGGUGUACCUGGCGGACGACGCGGCGGUGCCCCUGGCCGUGGAGAACCUGGCCUCGCUCAGCGCCCACGAGCUGCACCGCGCCGUCCGGGAGGCCCUGCAGCUCCCCGACAUCGCGCUGGAGGCCUUCGCGCUCUGGCUGGUGUCCCCGCUGCUGGAGGUGCAGCUGAAGCCCAAGCACCAGCCCUACAAGCUGGGCCGCCAGUGGCCGGAGCUGCUGCUGCGCUUCACCGACGCCCCGGACGACGACGUGGCCGUGGACGAGCCCUCCCUCCAGUUCCGAAGGAACGUGUUUUUCCCGAGGCGACGGGAGCUCCAGAUCCAGGACGAGGAGGUUCUGCGGCUGCUCUACGAGGAGGCCAAGGGCAACGUGCUGGCCGCCCGCUACCCCUGUGACCUCGAGGACUGCGAGGCCCUGGGCGCCCUGGUCUGCCGCCUGCAGCUCGGACCCUACCGGCCCGGCCAGACGACCGCCGGCACCCUGAGGGAGAAGCUGGACUCCUUCCUCCCCACACACUUCUGUAGGCGGGGCCACGGGUUCCUGGCUGCCCUGCGGGGCCGCGGGGCCAAGGCCGGGGCGGGGGAACAGGGGCUGCUGGACGCCUACCGCCGGGUGCCCGAGGCGAGCGGCGAGCAGGAGCCCACCGUGAGCACCCACCACCGCGCUUACCUCCGCAAGUGCCACGAGCUGCCCUUCUACGGGUGCGCCUUCUUCCACGGCGAGGUUGACAAGCCGGCGCAGGGACUGCUGCACCGUGGCGGGCGGAAGCCGGUGUCCGUGGCCAUCAGCCUGGAAGGCGUCCACGUCAUUGACAGCAGGGAGAAGCACGUGCUGCUGGGCCUGCGUUUCCAGGAGCUGUCCUGGGACCACACAUCCCCCGACGAGGAGGAGUCUGUCCUGUGGCUGGAAUUUGAUGGGGACCAUGAGGGCACGCCAGUCAACAAGCUUCUCAAGAUCUACUCCAAGCAGGCCGAGCUCAUGAGCGGCCUCAUCGAGUACUGCAUCGAGCUGGGCCAGGCCGCGGAGCCCGGGCCCCCCGAGGCCCCCUGCGCGCCCCCCGCUCCGCGCCCCCAGCUGCGACGGCAGGGCAGCGUGGUGAGCAGCCGCCUGCAGCACCUGUCCACCAUCGACUACGUGGAGGAAGGCGAGCAUAUCAAGCGCGUGAAGCCGAGGCGAACGGCAUCAUUCUUCGGCCGGCAGCUCUCCCUGGGCCCGGGCAGCUACGCCAUGGUGCAGCCCGCGGGCAGCCUGGAGCAGGGCUGAGGGCUAGACCGUCCCCAGGACGCUGGCACAGGAGGGCUGCAGAAGACGAUUCUUCUCCCCGGCCCCCGCGCAGCCCUCUCCGCCCCCCCACACUCCAGAGCCGGCUGCCGACUCGCCCUUGGCCAGGAGCCCAGCAGCGGUUCCGAAGGCAGAGCCUCUGGGCCCGGCCCUGGGCUGGGUGACGGCACCCACACUCAGGGCGGCGGGUGUGGGCCCUGGACUGAAACAGGAGCAGGGGAGACGAGGCCACUCUGGGCCCACAGGGGCCACAAGGUGCCAGGCAGGACCUGGCUCGCUCUGCCUGCCUCGGGGGUCACUGUGGCCCCCGGGAGGUGGCUGUCCCCGCCUGUCGCCGCUCACCGCUGGGAGAAGCUCCAGCCCUGCCGCCUUCGACUUUCUUAUCGGUCUUCCCAUCAGCCCGGGCCGGAAGCCGUGAGCGCAGGGACCUUCCGGGACGCACCUGGCUCCCACGGGCCCAGCCCCUGAGCAGCUGGAUGGGGUGCGUCCUAGGCCCGGGUCGCCUUGCAGAGGCUGCGUUCCGGGGCUUCCUGCCAAAGGAGCCACUGGCUUGGGCCGACGGGCUUUGUCCUCUGGCAGGAGCCCUAGGUCUCCCCCAGGCCUUUCAAAAGGUCCCGGGGGGGGGGGGGGCUGGAGGACGCCUGCCUUGCCCUGCCCUGCUGGACUCUGGGCACCCUGUGUCAGCUCUCUGCCUUUCUCUUACCUCUGUUGACGUGGACUCAGUUCCCGCCUGAUGUGCCCACCGGCCUGCGUGCGGUUGAAUGUGUCUCUGGCCUCCCUGGGAGAGCAGGGUCACACCUUUCUCUUUUGUACUAUGAGACUUCCUCAUAAUAAAACCAGACUUCCAGAAAA